AUGUCUGCUCCCGUUAGACUUCACGUCAAAGGCACCGUUCUCGGCUACCAGAGGUCUCGCGAGGCCCAGCGCCCCAACCGAGUUUUGGUUCGCCUGCCUCAGGUGAGCAGCAAGGACGACGCGCGAUUCUACCUCGGCAAGCGCGUGGCUUACUACUAUAAAGCUCAGUCCAAGAAACACGGUUCCAAGCUCCGCGUCGUCUGGGGCAAGGUUACUGGCGUCCACGGCAACAGCGGCGUUGUCCGGGCUCGCUUCGCCAAGAACCUCAGCCCUGACUCGUUCGCCCAGACCGUCAGAGUCUUCAUGUGGCCCUCCAACCUCUAA